GUCCUAACAAAUCACAUGUUCCUUUCUCUCUCUCUCUCUCUCUCAUCGUGUCGAUUCUGUUAUCUUCCUCUCUCUCACUCAUAAAGAUCCACCGUCUCCCUCGACCCAUCCCAGACCCAUCUUGUAAUGGUCUGGCUCUCUCUCGCCCUCUUCAAUGGACGAAUGCGUCGAGCCCUCCACCUCCUCCCCACCCACUGCACCACCCACUUUCUCUCUCCACAUCAGGAGAGAGCCCUUUGAGUACGGUCUCCUCCCCAUCUCGAAGCUCAUCUUCACUGAUGGCACCUCCACCUUAGCACCUCUCAGAGAUAAAUUCUUCCAACUUUCUUUCAACAAAGACUCGUUCUCUCUCUCCUCUUCUUCUUUGAGAAUCGACGCGUCUGGUAUUUCUCAGGCCCUUGAGAUCUCCAUUGAAAAUGCUCACCUCGUUCUCGAUACUUUGGCCACUGUUCUGCCUGAUUAUGGAGAUGUGGGUUUAUCAGAUCCUCUGGUUUAUGCGAAGCCUGAUGAGAUCGAUAAGAUUGGUGCAAAUGUGUGUGAUUUGAUAUUGUUUCUCUAUAUUCAGUCGUAUAAGAAGCUUUUACCUCGACCCCAUAAGGACUCUGCAUCUAUAGCCGAUGUGUGGCCUUCGACUUCGGUUUUUGAUGGCUAUCUCUGUGCGCUUUCACCCCUUCAGUUUGUGCGCACCAAUCGUCGAUUUAUGCCUUCACAAGCAGAUGAGGAGGCUCACCAGUUAUCCUAUUUGCAGAAACAUCUGCCUAAUAUGCUUGCACUUUUGGCUCAACCUGCUGAAGCAGAGGAUGACGAAGCGAUGGUUUUGAGCGUGGAUAGGUUUGAGCACCUUGGCUUUCUCUUUCACUAUGGUGAAAUUGGAUCAGCAACGAUGCCAUUAAGUCAGGCAGUUCCAUUUUUUGCAAAUUCUGACCCAGACAUGCCUGCAGUACCAGUUCUUGCUUCACUGAUACAUGACUGGCUUCUGCAAAGUCUAUCUCCAGCAUCUGAAUUUUCUCCUGAGAAAGUUUCGGCCAAAGAAAAUGGUCCACCGAGUGCGUCAGAUCCAGAUGUUACCAUGGCUGAUGCUUGCACAGGUAUCUCUAAGAGUGGAACUACCCCUUGUGGCAAUGCUGCAUAUUCUAGGGAUCAGACUUUUGUAGAGGGUAUCUCCAAGGCUUCAGUCAUAAAACAAGCGGCCGACAUCCGAGGUUGCUCAGUGAAGGUUUGGAAUUGUCAUGAAUCUGUGAUUUACAUACUUGCACCUUUAAGAUAUGCAGUUGUUUAUGGGUGUUCUGAUGCAACUAUUAUUCUUGGAGCCAUUGGUAAGGCUUUGAGGGUGGAACACUGUGAAAGGGUUCAUGUUAUUACAGCUGCAAAGCGUAUCUAUAUUGCCAAUUGCCGUGAAUGUACAUUCUUCUUGGGUGUCAAUCAACGACCACUCAUUCUCGGGGACAACCACAAACUGCAGGUGGCACCAUACAAUACUUACUAUACACAGCUGGGCCAGCACAUGACUCAAAUUGGUGUGGACCCAAAUAUCAACAGAUGGGAUGAACCUUUGGCCUUGGGAAUGAUUGAUCCCCAUGAUUCUCUCUCUCAUCCAGCAGGGGUGUCUGAUGUUCAGGCCGAGUCUGCCUCAUGCCUUGAACCAGAUAAUUUCAUGACAUUUGUGAUUCCCAGGUCGCUUGGAGACAAUAUGCCAGAGACUGAAAAACGUCUUGAACACAACCCUUUCCGUUUGCCGGUGGCUUAUGAGGCAUCACAAAAGAAAAAGUCCAUGGUGCUGAAUGAAAUCAAACAAGCCCUGAUUGAGGCCCAGCUCGAGGAGAAUAGAAAGCGAGAAUUGAAUAGCGCACUUCAUGUAUACUUCAAGGAAUGGUUAUAUGCAUCAGGAAACAUCCGCCAGCUUUAUUGCCUUCAGGGAGACUGAUUUGCAGGAAAUUUUUGUAUCCUGAUAUACUGCCAUUUCGAGAGCAUAUAAAUGACAAUGGCCAGUUUUACCGUCUCUUCUUAAUCCUUUUUCUUUUUCGAUGCCUCGCUGAUUUACUUUCAGGCUUUCGUGUAAAAACUGUGUAGUCUGAGAAUGAUUCAUUUCAUGUUUGAUGUGUAUUUAAGUAUUUAAUUGCCUCAAACCUUAGUAUCACUAUGAAUGUGGAUGACCUCUCUCUCUCUCUGUAUACAAUAGAAAAGCAUAGAAUACUGUUGCUGUUUUU